UGUGAGGAAAGGCUGAGGGAGCUGGGGCUCUGGAGCUGGACAAGAGGACACUGAGGGGGGACUCAUUCCUGGGGAUCAAUAUGGAAAGGGGGAGUGUCAGGAGGAUGCAGCCAGGCUCUUCUGGUGACAACCAGUGACAGGACAAGGGGCAAUGGGUGCAAACUGGAACACAGGAGGUUCCACUUAAAUUUGAGAAGCAACUUGUUGGGGUGAGGGUGGCAGAGCCUGGCCCAGGCUGCCCAGGGGGUUGUGGAGUCUCCUUCUGUGCAGACAUUCCAACCCGCCUGGACACCUUCCUGUGCAACCUCAUCUGGGUGUUCCUGCUCCAUGGGGGAUUGCACUGGGUGAGCUUUCCAGGGCCCUUCAACCCCUGACACUCUGGGAUUCUGUAACCGUUACCUGGAAAUGCAAGUUGAGGCUCCAAGACCAUCCUCUUGGAAGGCAAGGCUGUUGGAGGUCCCGCUGCAGGUCCUGUGGCUGCUGCCAUCACAGCGGCAUUAAUGCGUUUCCACCCGGCACAGGGACAGCAUCCCUCGUCACGCGGCCAGUGGCCCUGGGAGGGCCAGGGUCUGCCAGACGUGAGCUCUGGCUUCCGGACGAGAUGCCCAUGGAACUUGGAUGUUGUUAUGAGUCAGGAGCUCCCUGGACAACGUGCUGCCCAGUUCCUUCCCUUUCCAGCCCCAACCCAGCAUUGCCACCAGCUCCCCUUGCCCAGCCUCUGCCGCCGCGUUCUGCCCGCCGCCCGUUACGCGUGGCGCGACUGCACAGCCACAAAGGGAAACCCCGAGCGACAAACCCGGCCCUGGGGGAGGCGGCGCUGGGGAGCGGAACCGAAAGUCUGCGCAGCGCAGCCCGGCAGCUGACGGCUCCGGGACCCCGUCGGGCGCGAUGGAGGAUUUGGAUGCUUUGCUGGCAGAACUGGAGCAGAGCUCUUGUCUAGAUGCCAAGGACGGCGAGUGGCAGGUGCCGAGUGCCUGCAACCCGGAGCCAGGCACAGCCGGGCCCCCAGGCCCCCCCGGCCGUGAGCCGCUCGCUUCGGUGGCCCUGAAGGUGCAGCCGCCAGCUCGUGCUCAGCGUCCGGGACAGGCUUUGACGACACUGUACAGCAGCCCUGUGCCGGCCCCGCAGCCGCCGCUCCCCUCGCCCCCACCCAGGGCAGCCGCCCGGCAGCUGGACGAGCUCCUGGCCGACCUGGGACACAUGCAGAGCCAGCUGGCGACCGCGGGGCAGGGGGCCGGGGGGGCAGCAGAGCCCGAGCCCUCGCUGGACAAGAUGCUGGGCAGCCUCACCCAGGACCUGCAGGAGCUGGGCAUCUCCGCUGCCCCCGCGGGCGUCUGCGCCGCCUGCCGCAAGCCCGUCGCUGGCAAGGUUCUCACGGCCCUGGGCACAACCUGGCACCCCGAGCACUUCACCUGCGCCCGCUGCGGGCAGGAGCUGGGCGGCCGGCCCUUCUUCGAGCGCGGCGGGCGGGCGUACUGCGAGGAGGACUAUCACGGAGCCUUCUCCCCGCUCUGCGCCUACUGCGCCAGCCCCAUCCGCGAGAAAGUCCUCACGGCCCUGGACCAGACCUGGCACCCCGAGCACUUCUUCUGUGCCCACUGUGGGAAGGUGUUUGGAGAUGACGGUUUCCACGAGCGCGGCGGGAAGCCGUACUGCCGCCAGGACUUCCUGGCCAUGUUUGCCCCAAAAUGCCAGGGCUGUGAGCGCGCGGUGACGGACAAUUACCUGUCAGCGCUGCAGGGCGUCUGGCACCCCGAGUGCUUCGUGUGCACGGAGUGCCUGAGCGGUUUUGACAGCGGCUCCUUCUUCGAGCUGGAGGGUCGUCCGUACUGCGAGCUGCACUUCCACCAGCGGCAGGGCAGCAUCUGCCACGGCUGUAGCCACCCCGUCACCGGCCGCUGCGUCACGGCUGCCGGGCGCAGGUACCACCCCGAGCACUUCGUCUGUUCCUACUGCCUGGGCCAGCUGCAGAAAGGCACCUUCCGCGAGCGCGGCGACAAGAUGUACUGCCGGGCCUGCCACGACAAGCUGUUCCUCUGACCGCCAGCCCCCGGCUCGGGCCGGCUCCGCCGCCGUCCCCGUCGGGCCAGGCCUCCUCCCUGCUAAGCCAAACAUCCCGUGUCGUCCCGCCAGCCGUGUCCCUGGUGUCGGUCCUUCACAGCCCAGCAUCCCCAGCAGUGUUUCUGCCAAGCCAGACCCCGUCCUCGUCCCCCUCCGCUCAGCUGUUCCUGGCAUUGUCCCCUUCAUCUGAAGCAAUAAAACACCUGGCCCUG